AUGGGGGAAGCCCCGGGCGCCCGCGAAUCCCCGGCUGCUUCCCCCCGGGAAUCCACCACCCCGAAGCGACCGCCCAAACGACUGAGACCAGAAACACCAAAGGGGACCACACAACCUGCUCCUACCCUCGGGAACUGGCAAUUACCUGGCCAGUCUGUUCAGGACACACCCCCAGCAUCCCCUUCCCAUGAAACCCCCCAGUGCCAAUUGGGCCUCGAGCUCCGAAGCCACAUUGCAGCAGUGGUAGCAUCCCGCACAGCGGAGAUAAAAACUACAGGAGAUGAGGUCCUGGACCUUGUGUCUAUGAUCAGUCAGAAAGUUUCCAGUUGGGAGGAAAAAGGCCUUAGGAGCACAGUAGCUUUGGGCAAAGACUUUAGGACCCUGGUCCUCAAUUUAAGCAAGAACUUGGCAACCGGGGACACCACCAAAGGGGAAGAGAAACACCAGUGA